UCAUGAAGGUACUUGUUGGGAAAUAUUCAUGCCUGAUGUCGUCAAGUUCUGGGUCUCUUAAUAUCUAGUUGCAUAAUUUUUCAGGCUAAAGAUAAUUGAUUUUCCCAUACCGGUUCUUUACUGUUUAUGUAAAGCACUCAUGGGAUAUCCAACAUUCUUUUAUACUUGCUCUCUGGCAGGAAUCAAUUAUGUAUUUAGGUCUGAUAGAGCUCACAGGGAAAAAGAUAUUGAUGAAGUCAUACCUUUUAGAUUUGUUCAAUCCAAGAGCAAGAAGAUAUGUCUGACAGAGUGUUUAAAUACUAAUUUUGUUUGUUGACUAAAUCUCUCAUAUAAUCUUUUCGUGUUUUAGCAAAUUUUGUAGUGUCCUAAAUUUAGAAAUAGACUUUGAUAUCCUCGACGAAAUAUAUAACUACUCCUUCUAAUUUUUAGGCCAAUUGUAUCUCCUCAAAUAUAUUUUUCUUUUUAACUUGAUUAUUGAGGAGAUUAAGAUUCUUUAUGAAAUAUCUAACUUUGUAAAAUCUUUAAAUAUAUUUAAAGAAACACCCUCAAAGAGAGAAGGUGUCUUUAACCUGUUAAUUAGCCAAAAAGCCUUGCUUACCGCGCCUAAAGUCUAUCCUAUACUUUAGGGGUAUUUGAAACAAGGCGAUAUA